AAGCCGAUGUGGAGCAGAAACGCAGAUAGGUCCACACCUAUUAUUGGGGCACACACUGGCUGAACUGGUGUUGUGUGUGUGUGUGGGAGAGAGAGAGAGAGAGAAAGAGAGAGGUUGGCGCCUGGUAACGCAGUAAUGUAGUGACAAGAAGCAGCAACAAUAGCAGUGAUUAUACUCUCGCGGGAUUUACGAGAUAUUUGUUAUAAAAAAAAGCUGAUGGUGGGUCCUCUGGACUGUAUAGUGUGCACUGAUGAUGCACUACUCCAACUGGCUUAUCAGCUUGAAAAAUAGGGCGAGUCUUCGAAAUGCGUGCAGGACUCCGCCGAGCACGGACUGGAACAAGAGAGGAAGAAGCGUGGACAUGAAGAACAACAAUCCUUCACUGCAAAACAACGAAAAGAGCAAAGAACAAACGGUCACCACCCACCUCUGGAAAAAAGGCUACAAAAUAAUCAAGAAAAUCGGCGAGGGCACGUUUUCUGAGGUGGUGAAGACUCAGAGCCUGAUAGAUGGAAAGUUCUUCGCGUGUAAAACCAUGAAGCAAACAAUUAACAGCCUGGAGCAGGCCAACAACCUGCGGGAAGUGCAGGCGAUGAAGAGACUGAGUCCUCAUGCCAACAUCAUCCAGCUACAUGAACUCAUUUUUGACAAAGAAACUGGGACAGUGUCUCUGAUCUGUGAGCUGAUGGAGAUGAACCUCUUUGAGUUAAUACAGGGAAGAGAAACUCCGCUGCCGGAGCAAACAGUAAAACAUUACAUGUACCAGCUGUGCAAGUCACUGGAACAUAUGCACAGCUGUGGGAUUUUUCACAGAGACGUGAAGCCAGAAAACAUCCUCAUCAAACAAAACGUCCUGAAGCUCGGUGACUUUGGCUCCUGUCGGAGUGUGUAUUCCAAGCCUCCUCACACAGAGUACAUCUCCACACGCUGGUACAGAGCCCCCGAGUGUCUCCUCACAGAUGGUUAUUACAGCCUGAAGAUGGACAUCUGGAGCGCUGGCUGUGUCUUCUUUGAGAUCAUGAGUUUAAAUCCUCUCUUUCCUGGAGCCAAUGAGUUGGACCAGGUUGCCAAGAUCCAUGAUGUGCUGGGAACACCAGAUCAGGGUGUUCUCCAAAAGUUCAAGCAAUCGAGAGCUAUGCAUUUCAACUUCCACCCCAGGAAAGGAACUGGUAUUUCGCGACUUAUCCCCAACUGUCCAGCUCCAGCUCUGUCGCUGCUCUAUCAGAUGCUGGCGUAUGAUCCUGAUGAACGCAUCACUGCAGAAACAGCCAUGCGACACACGUACUUCAGGGAAAUCAGGCUAGCGGAGAAGAAAGCCGACAGAGUCGCAGCAGCUCUAGGGGGAGGAGAUACUGGUGGGAUUCACGGCUCUGUAGAGCACCUGUGGCGGCCAAGCAAACUCGGCAAACAGCUGAGGGCAAGACACGCAAGACAAACACCAUUAAUGAGUCACAACAUCAAGCACCCAGGAGAGCCACUCAUGAGGAGGAACAUCCCUCAUUAUCCCACAGAGCUGCCCAAGGUCAACAUGGUGGUACCACGAGCGCAGAUGCCCUUCCCCGUCUCCACGAUGCCGGCUUUCACGGGCAGUCACCGAGGCACUCUGCCGUCCAUCACCACUAAGAAGUGCCAGUCACAGUUGGCCAAGCCUCAAGAUGAGUCUCACAGCACUGCUUUUAAGACCUUCUACAUGCCUCCUCUGGACAGGAAACAAGGAGGCUUCUGAAAACCAAAGACAAUUUAGACUAAUUGCUCGACAGGAGAACCACACGGUGAGAGAACGGUUAGUGCUUCUGCUUUACAGAGAGAACAUCACAAAUCAGAGCUCUUCCUGUUUGUUUGUGUGGGUUUUCUCCUGGUUCUGGAUAUAAACUGACCAUAGUGUGUGUGAGCGUGAGUGUGAAUAGUUGUUGGUCUCUGGACAUGGUCCUGUCAUGGACAGGUGACCUGCUGUGAUUGGCUCCAGCUCAGUCUGCCACCCUGAAAAGGAUUAAAAGGUAGAAGAUGAACGAACGAACGAACGAACGAAUGAAUGAGUGAGUGAGUGACCUUAAAACCCUCUCACUGUGUCUCACUCUGACAUACAGGAUGUUGAGACGAUCACGUGUGAACCACACCUGAGGAUGACUUCUGUAAAGCAUCGGGCUACAUUCAAAUCACCAGGUCAGCAGUUAUUUAGAUAUAUUAUUAUUCCAGUAACAGCCAGUUCAGCAUGAAGACAUUUUAAAUAUUUACAGAGGUCUGACAUUUCCUCCAUUUAGAAACAGGAACUUGAGAAUCUCAGCUGAGAGGUCAUUAAAAAAACAAUUCUAUAUUCACUAAAAUAAGGUUGAAAUAAGAAAAGAAUAAAGAGCAGCUCAUCACACGGAAAAAAACACGUGGCAUGGACACAGAAAACCUGGUCGUGCAGAAUCCAAAACUGUUAGGUUUCAUCACAAUCUGAUCAAGACUCUGAACCAGUAGCAAAGGACGGCCCAUUGUUAUCCUUCAAACACCAUAAUCCACUAGAAUAAAACGGCCCUCCCCUUACUGAACCACUGAACAAUCACUUCUAUUCAAAUGAUCAGGUUUUGGACCCAGAGGCAGAGAUCAGAUUGGACAGAAGUGAUGUCAUACGUUGUGGGUCUCAAGUGUUUUCCCUCUUCUACAGUGUGAUGUGAGGCUAAUGACGUCAGUGUGAUUCUAUUGGAUUAUAAAGGGAGGUUAGUUAAGGUGCGCUGCCUGGGACAGUGUGGCCGGUGAUCUGAAGGUAGCCCGACUACACCGAUUCAGAACAAUCUUCACAGCCACCGUUGUAGUUUGUCACAUUGUGAACGUGUCCCUCAAAAAACGACUUUUUGCUGGUCCUGGUCAGAUGUCACAUGUUUACAAGUAAAGCAAUAACACAUUAGACAGGUUAAGAUGAGGUGAAUUAGGUGGUCAUUAACUUACCGUUUAAACAACUUAAUGUGGCUAUUAAAUGAUGCCACGCCCUUUGGACUUCCAGUUGGCCUUUACAACUUUUAAUUAGAAAUGAUUGGAUGACGUUUCUACCAUGUAAAAUUAUUGUAAAUGUUAAAGAAAAUACUUAAAACUUUAACCAAUAGAAGCUGUUGAUGUUGUUGUUCAUGUUGUUAAGCAAUAAAACACGACCAACUUCCAGAGCAGAACAGUUCUCACAGGAACACUGCUGUAUCAAUGUAUUUUUAGUAGCAGGUCUUCCUGUACAAAGGUAAACAGUAAAAAUAUUCACAGUAAGUACUUGACAAAUAUCCCUCACCACAAAAUCACCACUGAUAGUAGUUUGAAGGCACAUUUUGUGACUUUGCUGUAAAAUGUUUGAAAAAAAAGACCAUCAGAAAGAAAACGAUGUUAUAACCAAGAAUGAUUCCCUUUGUGUUAAAACUAAAUGUCUACAUUUUAUUGACUACUUUUUUGUAUUUGUAUUUUACAUUGUAAAAUGUAGCUUUGUGAAUAUUCUACUCCCCCACUUUUAAAACAUUGUGGCUUAAAAGCCACUCUGAGCUAUGAGCUCAUCAAAGAGACUGUGACCCAAUCUGCACUUUAUUAUUUUGAUGAAUAUGAUGCGUUAAAAAAAAUCACAGUAAAGGUAAAACAAAAAGAAAGAAGUUCAUUUCUAGGUCAUUGUUAAAAACACGUGAUGAAAACCUUUUUAUAAGUUGUGCAAAAAUAUACGACACAAAUGUCAAGAACAAGUGUUGGAAAGUUUUAAUGAUUAAUAGAGUAGGAGAAGGAAAAGAAAGUUCGCUUCAGCAGCUUUUUACUCGUUGUGUCGGUUAGUGAACAUUUAUUGGCAUCAGUUAAAAAAAAUCAACAAUUAAAAAAUAAAUACUAAAGUUGUGUCAAA